AUGUCCUUGGAGAAAAUGAAAGAUCUCUGCCUGGAGGGAAAAUACCUACAACCAGAAACGAAAGAAGUGAAUGGAAUCCUCAUGACCAAGAUAAUGAGUGAUAACUGGGACAAAAUCUGGAAUUUCCAAGCAAAACCUGAUGAUCUCCUCAUUGCGACCUAUGCAAAGGCAGGCACAACCUGGACACAGGAGAUUGUGGACAUGAUCCAAAAUGACGGAGAUGUGCAGAAGUGCCAGCGGGCCAACACCUUUGACCGGCAGCCUUUCAUCGAGUGGACUCUGCCCCCGCCCAGCCCCUCAGGUCUGGAUCGAGCCAACAAAAUGCCCUCUCCUAGAACUCUGAAGACUCAUCUACCUGUUCAGAUGCUGCCACCUUCCUUCUGGAAAGAAAAUUCAAAGAUUAUCUAUGUGGCUAGAAAUGCCAAGGACUCUCUGGUGUCCUACUACCACUUCUCAAGAAUGAAUAAAAUGGUGCCUGAUCCUGGUACGUGGGAGGAAUAUGUUGAGACAUUCAAAGCUGGAAAAGUGCUGUGGGGCUCCUGGUAUGACCAUGUAAAGGGAUGGUGGGAUGCGAAAGACCAGCACCGCAUUCUCUACCUCUUCUACGAGGACAUGAAGGAGGACCCAAAGCGGGAAAUUCAGAAGAUAGUGAAGUUCCUAGAGAAAGACACGCCGGAGGAAGUUCUGGAUAAAAUCAUCUAUCACACCUCAUUUGACAUCAUGAAACAAAACCCAAUGGCCAACUACACCACUUUACCGACCAGCAUCAUGGACCACUCUAUCUCCCCUUUUAUGAGGAAAGGGAUGCCUGGGGACUGGAAAAACCACUUUACUGUGGCUCAGAAUGAAGAAUUUGACAAGGACUACCAGAAGAAGAUGGCAGGAAGCACCCUGACCUUCCGCACAGAGAUCUGAGAGCAACUGGUCAGGACUUCCUUACUAGGUUUUAGACAUUUGAGCCUCAUAACCAAGGAUUCUUAAGACAAUGACAUCCUUCCUCUAAUCCUAAGCUUUUCUACACUGUCCGUAGAUUCUAUGCCACUAUAAUAACUUCAUUAAAUGUAAUC